CGUUAGCCUCUAAGUGACCCCGACACGGGACGACGCCCGGUCUGUAUCUGCAAGGACCUCAGCCAGCAAGGCCCUCGGGGGCCCCGCCGCCAUCUUGGUUGAGGGCGUCUCCGCCAUCUUGCUUCCGGGCAACGCCGCCAUCUUGGUUGCAGGCGGCGGGGCGGGGCCGUGAGGCGUUGCGGGGCCGGCGCACGAUCCGUGCUUCUUCCCUCCUCGCCGUUCUGGCGGUCGCUCGGGUGCCCUGUGGCUGUAGUGGGGCCCUUCAGGAAGGGCAGGGGUUGGGGAUGCAGCCGGGGUCGCUGGGCUGAGCCCGCAGGUGGGAGCGGAGAUGGAGGCCCCGGAGCUGUUUGCUACAGCCGUGCCCGAGGAGCAGCUGGAGGGCGGCUGGGACCGGGCCCUGCGGAGGCUGUUCGGGCCCAGCCAGUGCCUGCGCAGCGUGGAGCGCCCCAGGGGCGUGGGAUCCCUUCCCGCCAUUGUGCAGGGCAGGAUGCAGGAGCACUGGCAGAAAGGACGGGGCUUCUCCUCUUGUGGCCAGUGGGAAGAAGCCAUCAUCUGCUAUACAAAAGCCAUCAACCUGGAUCCACAGCGGGCAGAGCUGUAUGAGCAGCGGGCAGAGGCUUUCCUCCAGCUUUGUGACUUCCAGUCAGCCAAGUUGAACUUAAUGAAGGUGCUUGCAUUGGCACCUGCACAAGAACAGCACUGCCUGGCUCGUCUGGCUCUUGUCCUUGACCUGCAGGGCCAGAGUCUGCUGGACCAGGAGCUCUACAGUGAGGCCCUGAAGGCCUUCAUACAGGCAGCUGAGCUGCAGCCUCACUGCAGGGUGUUCUACCAGAGGAGCAUCGUGUGCCUUGCUGCCCUUGGCGAGUUCCCAGAGUUCCUCCGGAUGCUUAACAGAGAACUGGAGGAGGAUGUGAGGAACCCUGAUAUGUAUGUGCUCCGUGCCUUCUUCUACAAGCGGUUUGGGCAGCUGGCCCUGUGCCACCAGGACAUCCAACGGGCCCUGAAGCUGGAACCGCAGCACAGAGCUGCCCAGGCUUUGUGGCAGAGGCUGCUGAGACAAGGCCAGGAGGCCAAAGCCCAGGCAGUGUUGAAGGCCCUGUGUGGAGACCUGCGUGGGGCCCUGGAUGAGAUCAGCUUUGCUAUUGAGAGUGACCCGUUGGCUGCUGAAUUCUUCACCCUCAGGGGGACUCUCCUCCGACAGCUCAAGAACUUCAGUGCAGCCAGCAAGGACUUGGUCAGGGCGAGGGAGCUGAGCACAGUGGGGAGCCCAGAGGCCCGGGAGGCUCAGCGGCAGCUGGUGCUCACCUACAAUGAUUGUGCUGUGCACUGCUAUGCUCUGGGCCAACUUGAUGAGGCUGUAAAGCUCCUUGGUGAAGCAUUGCAAAAUGAAAGGACAGAGCAGGGACUCUACACCAACAGAGGAGACUGCUUCUUUCGCCUGGGGGAGCUGACCUACGCCAUGGCGGAUUACCAGCAGGCGCUGGAGCUGAGUCCAGGGAACCGUGCUGUGCAGGGCCGCGUUGCGGCUGUGUUGCAUGAGAAAGGCUGGCAGGACGUGGCAGCCAGGCGGUUCCUGCAGGCAGAAGCUUGCUUUUCUAUGGCCAUUGAACACGACCCCCAAGAAGCACUGCACUACCUGUGCCGUGCCGUGGCCAAGCGGUGCCUAGGGAAGGUGGAGAGCUCAAAGGAGGAUGUUGCACUCAGCCUGUGCCUCAGCGCCAAGGAUAGCAAGGGCAGAAGCCCUUCUGCAGCUGACUGCGGGCAAGGGGAGAGUAUCCCCUCACUGCUGCCUCCAAGCAUUGCACUGUCAUAGCAGCACGGUUCAACAGAUCUGGGAUUUCUUUACAAAAUAAAACCAAACAGGUUCCCUGUCAGAGCAGGUCCUGGUGGGGCCGUCAGGUGUUUGGCUGCAGCAGGGGAAACCUGUGGUGCAGAGCUCUUUGCAGGCAAGUUUUUCUGUGAGUGCUGAUAUGUCAGGAGGAUGUUCAGGUCUUGCCUUGUUGCCACUGCAGAUCCUUUCCCUUGCACGCCGCCUCUUCCCAAGGAGGACUGUCCAGGCUAUCCUGAGGAGCCUUGGCCAACAGACCUCGGAUAAAACACUUCAGAGUCCUCCAAGACUUCCAUCUGAUG